GGAUCCCGCAACCCGGCAAGCCAUCAUGACCGCCUCGCUGGGCUGGACGCUAGUGCUGGCCGUGUCGGCAGCCUGCGUUUCGUGCAGCUGCGGGGUCGCCAUUCCGUGGCGUUGGCAGGGCAGCUCGCCGAGCCGCCGGGCGCUGCCCGAACAGAACCGCUGCCUCUCCGAUCACCGCGCUCGGGAGAUCGGGGAUCGCGCCACCUGCCCAUUCGACGUCAUCAUCAAUGUGGACCCGAAUCGCAUACCCGCCGAGAUACCCAUGGCGAGCUGCAGGUGUCCGAAAUUUCAGUGCGGCCCGAACAAGCGUUGCGUGACGCUGUCGUACGUGAUCGACGUCUCGUACAACGUGAGCGGUGUGCUCAAGCCGAAGAAAAUCGAAACUUCGUCCGGCUGCGUGUGCGCGUCGCCUCAGCUGGUCCAGCCACCGGCGAGUGCGGGGACUGGAAUGGCCGUGAGGGGAGACGACCCGGGCUACUAUCUCUUCCGAUGACUUCGGCGGCUCUCAAUAAAUUCCA